AUAUCCUGCUGGAUUUCUAUUGCUAAAAGAGGAACUGACCACACGGGGAAAGGUAGAGGUUUCAGGCAGAGCAUUUCAGAGUGUGUUUACAGGCAGGACCGACUUACUCAGCAAAUCCUGCUCGGAGGAGCUGCAGCCAAUGAAGAGGCCACAUCCCGGCUUGCUUGGGGGCUUCUGAGUUUGAGCUGCAUGCAGAAAUGUAAGGCAGUGCUUCCUGGCUCUGAUGGCAAAAUGGGACCCAUCUCCAGUUAUUCCUCGGGCUCCCCAGCUUUGCAGAUCUGGGAGAGAACCUACAUAAACAUAUUGGUGAUGUAGCCAGCUCUGAAGACCGGGAGAAUCCUUAUGGAUUCAGGAAACUGGUUUUUUAUUUAGAAUUUUAUUUUUUAUUUGGAAGAUGAAAUGCUUCUCUCGUUACCUGCCUUACAUCUUCAGACCUCCGAACACCAUCCUCUCUUCCAGCUGCCACACGGAAGCUGACAUUAUCUCUACGGUAGAAUUCAACCACACGGGAGAAUUACUAGCGACAGGGGACAAGGGGGGUCGGGUUGUAAUAUUUCAACGAGAGCAGGAGAGUAAAAAUCAGAUUCAUCGUAGGGGUGAAUACAAUGUUUACAGCACAUUCCAGAGCCAUGAACCCGAGUUCGAUUACCUGAAGAGUUUAGAAAUAGAAGAAAAAAUCAACAAAAUACGAUGGCUUCCUCAGCAGAAUGCAGCUUACUUUCUUCUGUCUACCAAUGAUAAAACUGUGAAGCUGUGGAAAGUCAGUGAGCGCGACAAGAGGCCGGAAGGCUACAAUCUGAAAGAUGAGGAGGGCCGGCUCCGGGAUCCUGCCACCAUCACGACCCUGCGGGUACCUGUCCUGAGACCCAUGGACCUGAUGGUGGAGGCCACCCCACGAAGAGUAUUUGCCAACGCACAUACAUAUCACAUCAACUCCAUAUCAGUCAACAGCGACUAUGAGACCUACAUGUCCGCUGAUGACCUGAGGAUUAACCUAUGGAACUUUGAAAUAACCAAUCAAAGUUUUAAUAUUGUGGACAUUAAGCCAGCCAACAUGGAGGAGCUCACAGAGGUGAUCACGGCAGCUGAGUUCCACCCCCAUCACUGCAACACUUUUGUGUACAGCAGCAGCAAAGGGACAAUCCGGCUGUGCGACAUGCGGGCAUCAGCUCUGUGCGACCGGCACACCAAGUUUUUUGAAGAGCCAGAGGAUCCAAGCAACAGAUCGUUUUUCUCUGAAAUUAUCUCUUCAAUUUCGGACGUCAAGUUCAGCCACAGUGGGAGGUAUAUCAUGACCAGGGACUAUCUGACUGUGAAAGUCUGGGAUCUCAACAUGGAAAACCGCCCCAUCGAGACUUACCAGGUUCAUGACUACCUCCGCAGCAAGUUGUGCUCCCUCUACGAAAAUGACUGCAUUUUUGAUAAAUUCGAGUGUGUGUGGAAUGGGUCAGACAGUGUCAUCAUGACAGGCUCCUACAACAACUUCUUCAGGAUGUUUGACCGCAACACCAAGCGUGAUGUGACCCUUGAGGCCUCGAGGGAAAACAGCAAACCUCGGGCUAUACUCAAGCCCAGAAAAGUGUGCGUGGGGGGAAAGCGGAGAAAAGACGAGAUCAGUGUCGACAGUCUGGACUUUAGCAAAAAGAUCUUGCAUACAGCUUGGCAUCCUUCAGAAAAUAUUAUAGCAGUGGCGGCUACAAAUAACCUAUAUAUAUUCCAGGACAAGGUUAACUAGGUGGACAAGUUAUUACUUAAUCUCACAUACUGAAUACUAGUCCAACAAGUUUUUAAAUGUUUCUUUGGGUCUUCAUUUGAUGCAUUGACUUUAAUUUCCCUGUGCUUAAAAACAAUUGGAAUAGAAUUUUAAAAAGAGUCCAACUUUCCCAACUCCCCAGUUCUGAGAAACUUGUCAAACCCAAUAGACUUGGGGCCACUUCUAUUUAGAGUUGAGAGCUGCCAGCUAACAGUAAUUCUUCCAUAGUUGACUUGAAUUCUGAUGCUUUUAUUGCCCAGUUUUCUCUGGUGGGUCCAGUGUUUUGUUUCUAGGUGUCUGCUGCGAUAAAAUGAGGUUGUCUGUAGUAUUUAAGGAAAAAAAGAGAAGUUUUUUUUUUUUUUAAUUAAGCAAUUCCAUUUGAUUGAAAAAAAAAAUAAAACACCGUUUACUCUUA